UGAUAACACCUCCAGUGACUUAAUUACCUCCAUUUUUCCUAGAGCCAGGACGGGGAGGGCCUAGGAGCAGAGCUGUCAUGUGUGCCCUGAACGAGGGCCUCCUGCUUUCUUGCUAGCUAGGAGUGGAGAGAGAGAGAGGAAAAAAAAAAACCUUAAAAAGUCUGGCCAGCUGCUGUUCUACAUAAUAACACCAAGUGGCUGGGCCAGCCCCAGUGCGAGCUGCGUCACUGUGCAGCGAGCUGGGAGCCUGGGAACACAGACAGACCCCUGUGCAGUGCAGCCACCAGGACCCCCAGCUCCUUGCUCUGCACCCACUGGAUCUACAACAUUGGGAGCCAUGGAGCUGCUCUGCUCCGAGGUGGAUACUGUCCGCAGGGCUCAGACUGACCCCACGCUGCUCUUUGAUGACCGGGUCCUGCAGAACCUUCUAACCGUGGAGGAGAGGUAUCUGCCCCAGUGCUCCUACUUCAAGUGUGUCCAGAAGGACAUCCAGCCCUUCAUGAGGAAGAUGGUGGCCACCUGGAUGCUGGAGGUCUGUGAAGAGCAGAAGUGUGAGGAGGAGGUAUUCCCAUUGGCAAUGAACUAUCUGGACAGGUUUUUAGCUGUUAUUCCCACCAGAAAAUGUCACCUGCAACUCCUGGGGGCUGUCUGCAUGUUCUUAGCAUCCAAACUCAAAGAGACUAUUCCAUUAACUGCAGAGAAACUUUGCAUAUACACUGACAAUUCAAUCAAACCCCAAGAGCUGCUGGAGUGGGAACUGGUGGUGCUAGGAAAAUUGAAGUGGAACCUUGCUGCCGUCACACCACAUGACUUUAUUGAACAUAUAUUAAGAAAGCUGCCAUUACCUAAAGAUAAACUGCUUAUGGUCCGGAAGCAUGCACAGACAUUUAUUGCACUCUGUGCCACAGAUUUUAAUUUUGCCCUGUACCCACCAUCUAUGAUAGCGACUGGAAGCGUGGGAGCUGCAAUCUGUGGGCUGCAGUUGGACGAUGCAGAAAGCCACCUCUCCGGGGAUAGUCUGACAGAGCACUUGGCUAAGAUCACUAACACAGAUGUGGAUUGCCUUAAAGCUUGUCAAGAACAGAUCGAAUCCGUGCUAGUCAGCAGCCUUAGACAAAACAGACCACCAACCCAACAAAGGAACGCUGUUAAGUCUGUGGAUGAACUGGACCAGGCCAGCACCCCUACAGAUGUGCGGGACAUCAACCUGUGAGGAGUUCUGCAGCAAGAGUCUUUCCUUUGUUCUGUAUUUUCUAGAACAAACCUGUUUGUUUUAUAUCUGUUCUCCCACUUAGAUAAAAAAAAAAUUAAAACUUCUUUUAAAUACAAAAAAAUGAAAAAAAUGUUUUUGGUGCCUCUGAUGUCCUUUUUAGAAGGGAAUCCCACAAUAUAUUUGAUAAUUGCUGUUAUUAUUAUAUAUUGUUAAAUUUAAGUGCUUGUGUAAGCAUAAACCAUAGCUAGAGAAAUUGCAAGCCUGCAGUGGGAUGAAAUGUAGGUAAACUUUUUAUAUUUGUAGUCGCUUACACCUCUCUAUAGAUGUCAGAGAGGAUGUCUGGCGCCAUAUAUGUGGUUUUCAUAUGUAGAUUGCAAAGCAAAAGACUAAUGGAUUCUAGAGGGCAACUGAAAGUGCGAUCCCUAAAGAGACUGAAGCUUAUUUUUGGGUGAUUUGGGAUCUGUGUAAUUUUUUUAUUUCAUUUUUUUAAUCUAAAGAGAGGUGCUUUCUGAAUCUCCUAUUUAGUUCUGUUUACUUUUGCUGUCUAUGGUAGCUGCUACCGAAAAAAAAUGCUUUAUUUUUGCAAGACUGAGGCAGGUAAUUUUUUUUUUUUUUUCCUAAAAUGUUUUUGAUUCCCUAGUUUUUGUUCCCACAUAAAUGUUCAUAACAAGCAUGCCUGGGAUUUGAAGGAGGCUCGCUUAGCCAGCUGUGGACUUAUAAACUGCAAAAGAAUGUAUUUUAGAUUUUUUAAUUUUUUUUGUUUAAACAGAAUAGUCCCGGUAAGCUAAAAAGAAAGGUGGUACUCCCUUUUUUUUUUUUUUUACUUCAACUACACAUCCCAAAAAAUGUAAAGGAUUUAUAAAAAAAAAAGUCUUAGCUAUGAAAAAUACAUAAAGAUAAAUAUGAUUAUAAAGGGCAUCCAAAAAAUGCAUGUGACAUUACUUAGCAAGUCCAACCAAAUAAAAAAAAAAUCUUUGCUACUUGCUUAUGGGCAGAUAUUUUAGCUACGUUAUUCAUAGCUAAAGUCUAUUUAAAAUAGACAAAAAGUAGAUAUCUCCA